AUGUAUUCUAAAUAGCACCGACAGAGUUCAAAAGUGACAUAUUACAUGUAUCGACAUAAGGAAAAAUUGAGUAAUGAAUCAAAAUAGUCAAUUUAAACAAUAUCAGUCUAUGGAAAUUUAAUAUGAGCAAGAUGAAGGAGUGGAUAUUUCAAAUAUAUUAAUAAAAGUGGGAUUUAAAGAGACAAAGUGCAUGAAUUACAACAUAACUGUUGAGAAGUUAAUAACAAAACUGAAAUUGUUCUGCCGCAGGAGAAAGAUAACAAAUCAAAUGAAUUAUGGAUCGAAUUGGCUGAUUAAAGAAAACAUAAAAUUGAAAAACUAAUGUCGUAAUAAUGAUUGCAAAAGUAAUCUAUGACCUUCAACCUUGCAAGAAACAACAAAAAGUGAUGAAAAUGGAUAUUCUUCAGCUAUUUUUAAAAUGACCCAACUGAUUUUUAAUAUCAUAGCACUAGUCACCAGAGCACAACGGAUCACAAAAUGAACAAAUUGAUAACAGAUUUUGCAAGUAGCACAUCUGCUCAUGGUUGGGGGACAAUUGGACAGAGAGGUUCAAAAUGUGGCAAACUACUCUGGGUUAUCUUCACCAUAGCAUGUCAGAUAGCAGCAGUAGUUUGGGUAGCAAUCAUUCUAACAAGAUACCUACAAUACAAGACAAUGGAUAGAAUAAAGAUGACUAAUGAUUAUCAAGUUAAAUUCCCAUCUGUGACAGUAUGUCCAUUGAACCCAACUCCAAUAUCAAUGUUAGGGCAAUGGCUGUUGGACUAUAAAAAGCCAGACUCUGAACUUUUAAAACUUAAUGAUUACUAUGCUCUGUUGUUCAAACUGAGUGGAUAUUUAGUUGAAGGAAUAGAGAUUGUGGAUGAGGAAAUGCAAAGUCUAGCGUCCAAAUACAAUCAGCUUGACUCACAUCGCGGGUAUCUUGAAAAUAUACCAUAUCUCUGGAAGUAUGGACACGAACAGAACAAUUUUAUACCAGGGUGUAUGUAUAAGAAGAAAACAUGUGUUAAUGAAAGUUUUGAGAGAAUUCAUCAUACUGCCUUUCAAAACUGUUAUACAUACAAUGGAGCUACAUUAAAUGAUAUGUAUGUUACUUCUCAAGGAAUGGAGGGAGGGCUUUCUUUGAUAAUCUUCCUUGAUAUGGGUUCAGAAGGCCUCUCAUUGUACAACCCUUAUCACUCCGAUUCAGGGUCAUCAGGCGCCAGGGUUAUCAUUCAUGAAAAAGGUACAAUGCCAGAUCCGGAUAAUGAUGGAUUUAAUGUCGAACCUGGUCUAUCAAUAAAUGUUGCACUUUCAGUGAAUCGACGUGAACUGAUGAAACAGCCUUGGGGACAAUGCAAAGAUGAAUUUUCUUUAGGCCUUGGCAAAUUUAAAUACAGUAAGAAUGCAUGUAGGCAAAAAUGCAGGAAAGACCUCAUUUGUGAAGCUUGUGGUUGUGUAUAUGAGACAUUACCGAUGUUAAAUGUGACACUGGCAAGAGAUGAAGUGUUAUGUGGUAAGAUUAAUACCGAUGAAUGGUUGAAGAACAACCCUAAUAUAACUCUUCUGAGAAAUGAUCUCGAUAGGCUUGAGUGUUUGGAAAAAUACUUGAACUAUACAUGGAGAGAAAUUUCAGAGGAACAAGGAUGUGAGUGCAGAGAAAAUUGCACCACUCACUCAUACAAUAUUGAAACAUCACAAGCACUUUGGCCAAUAGAGGGUUCUGAAAGUGGAUUUUACUGUCGUCAAAUUAUGAUGUUAACCCCCAAUUAUAUCAACACGACAAUUUACGAAAGAUUUCAUGAGAGAGUAUCAGAUUGUUGUUCUAACAAAACUCGAGGAAAGGAUAUCGGGGAUGAACUUAGGAAGAAUUUUAUUAGACUGAAUGUUUAUUUCAAAGAUCUGGAUACUAGAGUUAUAAUUCAAGAUCAAGAUUUUUCAUUUUGGUCAAUGUUGUGUGAAGUUGGUGGAAUUCUUGGAUUUUUCAUUGGAGUCUCAAUAAUAUCAAUUGUUGAGUUUACACUCCUAUUUCUUAAUAUUUUUAAUUAUGUUACUUUCAAAAGAUCAAAAAUAAACAACCAUGUAUGUUCUGGAAAUGAUGACAUAGAUCACAAAAGAAAGAAAACUGAACAUUCUACAGGACUUACCUUUUAUCAAGAGCACAAAUAAUUAUAUGAUAAUGUUACGAUUUUAAUUUGAGACUUGGGAGCACAUGCACAGGCCACAACAUAUAGCAAUGCAAAUGACUCUCCUCCUUUCAAAUGUACAAACCAAAGGUGUUGGAUGUUGUAUGUACUGUAUAUUUAAUAUUAUAACAUGUAUACACAAUUUACUUCACUUAAUUAAAUUUGGUAUGAAUUCAUCCAUAUAUCAUAUAUAGGCCAACAGUAAUGGCAUCUUUCUUAAAACAGAAUAUCAUUAUGGCUAAUCACAGUUUAGCAAAAUAGUGUAUUCAUACAUCAUUGUGUUCUUUUGUACAUUUAAGUUAUAAUGUUGCUUUAAGUUUAUCUACAAAUAUUGUUUCAUCUUGUAUGGUUUCCUGUAUCCAGCAUAACAUUGGAUAAACAUUUGUGUAAAUGCCAUAUCGACGUGUUAUCGAACAGCCAUCAGGAUAGGUGGAGACACCUGUCAAGUAUAAGCUUCCUGAUAUAUCACACACAAGAGGAGAACCUGCAUCUCCCUGAAAUGUGAAAAUUCUUAGAAUAAUUCAAAUUCAUUUCAACUAUUUUAUAUAUACUAUAUAGAGUAGUAAUGUAUGUAUUAUUAUAUCACAGCAAUAAUUGUAAAUAUACUGGGUUUAUUGAACGAUGAAUUGUACUCAAUAUUAUGUAUACUUUCUGUAUGCAUGCAAUGCAGUAGUUCAUAUGUAGAACUACUGUCAUCUUUCAAUGGGCUUAUAAGCUUCAUCAUCUUUAAUACAAAUGCAUUUGAAGUACCAAAAAUAUAAACAUGUAAAAGAUUAGGUGACUCAAUUUGUAAAUGACUUUAUUUACCACACAGUUUGGUUCAGCUAUGGGUAUGCCAGUACAUAUUGCCCUCGGUGACACUUUGUUCCUCAUCCACAAUUGUUUACUGCAUUCUUCUAUAGAUAUAGGCUUGGUCUUAUGUUGCACAAGGUUUGAUUCCAAUGUUUUGAUUGUUAACAGCCUUUGGGCAGCUGAAAUAUAUCAAUGGGCUAAGUCAAAUUAAUGAGCAUAAUUUUCUUUUUACAUGAAUAGUUCAUGCAUUUUGUAUUUUACACUGAACUACAAAUGCAACCCCAAUUUCUAAUAAUUUGGAAUGUGUUGAAAAAGUACUGCUCAUAUUGCAAAUCACAUUAAAUAACCAAGCACAUACCAAACAGUCUAAAUAACCAAGCACAUUGACAUACCAAGAGUGCUAAAUCCAGCAGAGAUGCAUGUCACAGGAGCACCAGUAUAGUUUAAAAGAUUCUCCUCAUGUAUGCAAACAGGUUGUAUAGCAGUUCCUAUUUUAACCUUCCUUGGUAGCCUCACCAAUGCUAUAUCAUAAUCAUAUAAACCAGGGGUAUUUGCAAAUCUUGGUUGGAACUUUGGAUGGAUGUAUAUUUUUGCUGGUGAUUGGUUGUCUUCAUCGGGGUCUUGUAUAAUUCUAUUAUGUUUUCCUAAUCUUAUUGUCCAAGCAUGUUCUGCCAAACAUUUAUCUCUAAAAAUAAGUGAUAGUUUUAAUUUUAAUAUGUUUCUAAUAUUUUCUUUAAAAAUUUUAACUUUCAAGUUAAGGUGACAUUUUUGAUGCUAGCUAAAUAAUCGUGUGCUUGUAGUUUGCUGUAAAUAUUAUUCCAUGUAUAAAUUAAUUUUUUUGCUAAAUAUAGUGCAUGUUUUCAACAUUUUGUGCUUGUGGUAAAUAUUAUUCUCUGUAUAAAUUGUAUUUGUCACUAAAUAUACAUGUUUUCAAAA